UCUUAGAAGACUAUAUGAAAAUUAAACUCGAGAUAGUUAAUUUCAGUGUGUCAGCAUAUUAGAUUGCGUCCAUAUAAACCGUAAAGUCAAAACCGAAAAAACCUUUAUCUUGGCUCAUUUCCUUUAAUGUGGUGCCCUUGCUUGCUCUGUACGACUCCAUUCCUGUUGGCAAAUGUUGGUUUAUCUACGCUUAAUGGCAUCAGCGUUUAACUGGUUGAGUUUGAAACAGUAUUUAAUUAAACUGGACCGUUUCGUUCUUAAGCUGUUAGUAAACGAGAAACCCAUCGAAUCCUACUAAGCCAGUGAUCUUCGUAGGUUGGAGUCCAUCCUCAGAAGUGAUAAACGAACAUUCGACUUUCCCCAUGAUCACUUACCAAUCCUACAGUGCAGAAUCCACUUUUCAAUCAAAAAUUUAAAAAAACACGUCUGACAUUCUUUUAUUUAGCAUAACUCUCUAAGUAGAAUUUGUUGAAUUGAAUGAUACAUUACGUGUUUCGGCUCCACGCCUUCUUCAGUGAGGAGCUGAAUGACGCUGAUAAUAAGUUCACCAUGUUUUCACCGACCCGUGGACCAUCAAUUUCUUUCGUUUCAUUGAUGUUAGUAGAUGAAGUACCGAGAAGGCUCGUUAUUCACAAGUUUCUGUGAGAAGGGUGUAUUUGCCUUGGUGUUAAACCGUUGGAUUUUUUCUUCGUCGUUAUAUCUUCAGGUACAAAAUUCAUCCGCUGUACUUCUUCAUUAUUAUUGCUUGACAAUCGACAACAAAGAGCAAAAAUGUUCCUACUGAAACUAUCAUUGUACUGUUUAUAGAAGCAGAAUCUUGCAACUUUGUGUCCUUCCAAGAGAUUGGAUCUUCAUGAGGAAGAAUAAUUUAACAAAAAAAUCAUUAACAAAGAUCUAGGUAGGACGAUGUUUUCUGAUUACAAACUAUUUGAGCCCGUUAAAAAGAGAACGGGUGGGGGUUUUGAAUGAGAGGAAAUCAGUCACCGAUCAGGCGCCAGUUUUGUUGCUGUUAUUCUUGCUUAGUGACCUAAAGUGUAAAAAAAAGUUUCCCCCGUUUGGCGUGAUUUGCUGCCAUGCAGGCCGUGGAGUGUGUAGAUUGGCCAUCAGACUUCAUAAACGGUAAUAUCUCUGAAAUCUGAAGUUCUUUUACGUUUUAUUAUAUUAUCAGAAUAGUCAGCAAUAGGUCAAAGAAUCUUUAUUAAUGGUUAAACAUAAUGUAUUCUGAAAUUUUUUAUUUGAUCCGAAAGUUGACUUACAAGUGCAUUUUAUCUCAUUUAUCUGAUUAAUUUUACGAGCACACUUUCUUCUCGAUCUAGUGCGUUGUUUUUUUUUGUUUUUGUUUUUUGAGAUGAAAAAAUCUUAAAUCUCUGUAGAAACUAGGAAAUAUUCGGGAAAUGUAACAUAGAUUUACAAUUUAGAAAUUGUUCGAAGAGGAAAUUCUUAUUCUCUGUGGCGUCUAUUGCAUGUAUAGCGCGCAUGUUGUGCACGUUUAGCCUAUCUCAUUUCCGUCCAUCGUGGCCCAUGUUCACUCUUGAAUUUCUGUCGAACAUUCGGUAAAUUUUUCUACUCCAUUUUCUAAAUAGGAUUAAAUCAAAAUUAAAGCUAUUUUGUAUAAGCAGGAAGCACAGACUGAUUAUCUAGUAAGAUAAUGGGUAGGAAAUAAAUUGUCUUUUCACAAUUGGUAUUUAUUACGUCAGAUGCCGCGUUUUGGUCUAACAUAGACCAUCUUCAGUGACUUUUUGUGUAUAAAGUGGUUUCAUAGGUUUUUACAUUCUUAUAAGUUCAGAAGUGGACGUCUGGACGUCUAUGGACUUGGCGAGUAGUCUGUCAAGAAUAUAUAAGAAUAUGAUUAUCUAGUGUUCCACGAUGCACAUUGUAAAUCUAUAAUUUUAAUAUUUUGUAUUUAUUUGUCGUAUUUGAGGUUUUUCUGAUGAUAUAUGUGGUUAUGUGAAUGCAUGAUUAAUCUUUACAACAUCCUUGAUGAAAAAGUGCAAAGAAUUUUGUGAGAAACUCAUUGAUAAUUUCAGUUUGAAUACAUUCAAUACACUACAAUACAUGUUUUAAUUUUUCAUAAACUAAAUGAGUAAAAUUCCUGCCGUACUGGAGGCUUAACAUCCAACUAAACCAUCGGGUGUCGCAGACUGACCAGACUACUUGCAAUACUUAUCAUAUUCUCAGUUAAAUUUCCAUGGGCUAUGCCUGGAUUUGAACCCAGCUAUCCAUACAACUUAUAAUUAUAUAGUCAAAAGAUGUUUAAGAAGUGGCGUAAAAGAAAUGCAAUAUCGUGGAAUGUGGUAUUUAGUUUAAUGUGUGUUUUAUCGCUGAUAUUUCACACAGCUACCACACAUAGAUAUAUUACAGAUGACCACGGAAAAACUGUAUUAAACGAGCCUGGAGUUUGUAGCAGCAAAGACAUCCGAAAUUCAGUGGAAUCAUUUUCUCAGCUGAAUGGAUGCCAGAUUGUCGAGGGAUUCGUUCACAUCGUUCUUAUCGAUAAGGCUACUGACGCCGAUUAUGCUAACAUAACGUUUCCCGAACUAAAGGAGAUCACGGACUAUCUUCUGCUUUACAGAGUUCACGGUCUCAGAUCGCUCGGAUCUAUUUUCCCCAACCUUGCUGUUAUAAGAGGCAAUCAUUUAUUCAAAGAUUAUGCUCUUGUCGUAUUCGAAAUGCUGCAUUUGCAGGAAAUUGGACUUUCUUCUCUUACUCACAUACUACGUGGUUCUGUGAAUUUGUCAAAGAAUCCAGUAUUAUGUUUUGUGGAUACGAUAGAUUGGGAUCUCAUUGCCCACAACGGAAAAGGAGUACAUCACAUAGCUGGAAAUAAGCUGCAAAAUGAAUGUCCAAUGUGUCCACCAAUAAAUCACACUUGCCCCACAUCAGCCACUACGGGAGAACCUCUUUGCUGGAAUUCCCAUCAUUGUCAAAGAGUGUGCCCGAAGCACUGUAACGGUAGCUGUAACGCUGCUGGAGAUUGCUGCAAUGCAUCUUGCAUUGGAGGAUGUACAGGUUCAGGGUCUGACAACUGUAUCAGUUGUAGGCAUGUUUUGUUUGAAAAUAAAUGUGUAUCAAAAUGUCCUGCCAACACUUACAAGUACAUGAAUCGCCGGUGCAUCGUUGAAUCGGUUUGCUAUGAUAUGCCUAAACCAGUUGAAAUUGUAGACUCAAACAUUGGGCACAAUCCUUGGAAACCAUUUCAAGGCGAAUGUAUCAUGGAAUGCAAAUCUGGAUACAUUGAAAAAGAAGUGAUUUUGAAAGGACAAAAACGAAACCAGUGUGAACCUUGUGAAGGUGUAUGCAAGAAGGAGUGUCCAGGAGCCAAUGUAGAUAGUAUUGCAGCUGCUCAAAAGCUUAGAGGUUGUACUUACAUAAAAGGAGCAUUAGAGAUACAGAUAAGGGGUGGAAGCAAUGUUGUGAAAGAGCUUGAUGAAAAUUUGAGCAUGAUAGAAGAGAUCGAGUACUAUUUGAAAAUUGUUCGAUCGUUUCCUUUAGUUUCCUUGAAUUUUUUGAAAAAUUUGAGGGAAAUUCACGGAAAAAAAUUGGAAAGUUCAAAGUAUGGCUUGGUUGUUUUGGAUAAUCAGAACCUCAUCGAGCUGUGGGAUUGGAAGUCACGAGAGCCGUCUUUCCAUAUAAGAAGGGGAAAGUUAUUUUUUCACUUUAAUCCUAAGCUGUGCAUUUCGAAGAUUGACAAACUCCGAGAAGUUGCUCAACUACCAGAAUAUACAGACUUGGAAGUUGCGAUCAACUCGAACGGGGAUAAAGUGGCAUGCAAUGUGACUGAACUGAUAGCUGAAGUAAAGACACGAAGCCCACAAGGAGCUUUAAUCAGAUGGAAACAAUUUGAACAUUAUGAUACAAGAACUUUGUUGGGAUAUGUUGUCUAUUCAAUUGAGGCCCCUUACCGAAACAUCACAUUAUACGAUGGGCGUGAUGGAUGUGGUGGAGACGGGUGGAGAGUUGACGAUAUUGCACCAAUGGCUGAAGAUGAAAAGAGAAAACUAGAAAAAGAAGGCCAAGAACUGUGGCUGAAAUUUGUUUUAACACGAUUAAAAGCCUAUACGCAAUAUGCAUUUUAUGUGAAAACCUAUACAAUCGCUACUGAGAGAAGUGGUGCACAAAGCCCAAUUCUGUAUUUUCGAACAGCUCCUUAUAUACCAUCUGAACCUCGUUCGUUAACAGCGUAUUCCAAUUCAAGCUUUGAAAUUGUUAUAAAUUGGCUGCCUCCAUCAAAGCCAAAUGGAAACGUUACAUACUACAUUGUAACUGGACAAUGGGAAAAGGGUGAAGAGGAACACCUUGAGCAAAGGAAUUUUUGUUUGGAACCUUAUGAUAAUAAAAGAACUUCUCAUUCGAUUGCAAAGCCAGAACAGCAUCCAGAGACUACUGACAAACCGGAUUCUUCCAACAAAAAUUGUGCCUGUGCCAAUAAAGUGCCUGAUAAUAAAAUAAGGGAAAAAGAAAUACAUUUUGAAGACCAUUUGCAGAAUACUAUAUACAUCAAAAGGACGGACUCGGUAAGAAAUAAAAGAGACGUUUCAGAUAGAACUACUGGGAAGUUUAUAUUAAUGGAAAACGUUAUGGGAGAAGGAUUCCAAGAAAGUUUCACAAGGAUCGUUAGAGGAGGAACAUCCCUAGUUGUAAAAAAUCUAAGACAUUUUGCUCAUUACAAUAUUGCAGUUAAUGCAUGCCGGGAACUGGAAGAAGAUGAGAACAAAAAUAAUACCGGUACCUGUAGUUCUUCAGCAUUUGUAACAGCUAAAACAUUACCUCUUGCAAAUGCUGAUAACAUCGAUGACCAAUUCCUACAAUGGGAGAUUUCCAAUAAAAGUCUCGGCUUUGUAUUGCUGAGAUGGAACGAGCCGCCACGCCCAAACGGGUUUAUUGUUGCCUACCAGAUUGAAUACAGAAGAACGGACAUUGAAAAUUUCAAGCCUAACAUCGAGUGCAUUACCAGAAAACAAUUCAGAGACGCCAAUAAUUCUUACAUGUUGAAGAACCUAGGGCCAGGAAAUUAUAGUCUUCGUGUCAGGGCUACUUCAUAUGGUGGAGAAGGAAAUUUUACUCCUGUAAAAUAUUUUUAUAUAGAAGAGGAAUCCCAAAUAUCAGUGGUGUAUAUUUCUUUAAUGUUUUCAACAGCUUUAAUCAUUACUGCCCUUGUUUGUGUAAUAUACUUCCGAAGACAGUACACCCAAGUGCCUAAUCGUAAAUUGAUAGCAUCGGUAAAUCCAGAAUAUGUACCUACAGUGUAUGAACCGGAUGACUGGGAAGUCCCUAGAACUAGGGUAGAUCUGAUCAAAGAGAUAGGCCAAGGUUCUUUUGGGAUGGUGUGGGAAGGGAUUUUAAAAAAUGUCGAUGGCACACAGGAGCUUCCUUGCGCUGUGAAAACUGUCAAUGAUCAAGCAGCAGACAGAGAUCGAAUUGAGUUUUUGAACGAAGCUUCUGUUAUGAAAGCUUUUAAUACUCACCAUGUUGUGAAACUUUUGGGAGUCGUCUCUCAAGGCCAGCCUACACUUGUCAUAAUGGAAUUAAUGUGUCGUGGAGACCUGAAGUCUUACCUUCGUUCUCACAGACCUGAUCUUCCAGAUAAUCCUAAACAACCUUGCUUAAAAAGGAUUUUAAGAAUGGCAGCAGAGAUUGCUGACGGCAUGGCAUACCUGUCUGCAAAAAAAUUCGUCCAUAGAGACUUAGCGGCAAGAAAUUGUAUGGUUGCUGAAGAUUUGACCGUAAAAAUUGGAGAUUUUGGUAUGACAAGGGAUAUUUAUGAGACAGAAUAUUAUAGAAAAGGCUCCAAAGGAUUACUUCCAGUACGGUGGAUGGCACCAGAAAGUUUAAAAGACGGUGUAUUUACUUCUCAUUCAGAUGCUUGGAGCUAUGGAGUGGUCUUGUACGAAAUGGCUACACUUGCAUCACAACCAUAUCAGGGUCUCUCGAACGAUCAGGUUUUGAGAUACGUAAUCGAAGGUGGAAUUAUGGAAAGGCCAGAAAGGUGUCCAGACAAAUUGUUCCAAGUGAUGAAAUUGUGUUGGCGCCAUAAACCUUCUUCAAGGCCUAGUUUUCUAGAGUUAGUGACACUCCUUCAAGACGAUGUCGAUCCGGAUUUCCAAAAUGUUUCUUUUUAUCACAGCGAAGAAGGCGUUGAUCUCCGUGCUGCCGUCAGCACGGAAGACACGCCUUUAAGCAUUUCAAGGGAAAUAGAAGACUUUUCUUUGAGCGACGAAGAAGACUAUAAAGAACCACACUCUAGUACAAGCAGUAAAAUGAGUAAUGGUAGUACUACACCUAACGGUUACGUUCCACAACAUGUUGUCAAGACGACUAAAUGUUGACAAAAGGAAAUUCGGGAUGUUCAGUAAUUAUAAAGAACACAUUUUUUUAAAGUAUUAUUUUAUAUAUUUUUUAUGCAAGUUUUGCCUAUUUUUUCCUUGAUUAUAAUAAUGUACAUUAAAUGCAUACAAGUAGUUUUGUAUGUAUGUUUUUGAUACUAUCUGAAACCAUCACAUUUUGAAUCUUCUUGUUUUUCAUGUUUUUUCUUUGUUUUUGUGUGUUUAUAGUGAACAUUAGUUAAAGUUUGUCCUUGUACUUUAUUACCUUAACUUGAUUCUGUCAAAAUCAUUAUGGUAACUGCAAUAUUUUUUCUGUUUUGUACAUGAAUGUGAAUGUAAAUAUUAUUUUGCCUAAGCGUAGAAGCUUAUUGAUUCCUAGGUAAAAUUAGAUAUUGGAAACACAUCUUGAUCACUUAAAAAAAUAUUUUUGUAGACUGAAAAAAAAGAGAAAUAAUGAAGGCAUCACAACUAGAUGAUAAUGUUGUCAAAAAAGGGUAAUUUGUAUAUAAAAUAAUUUCUUAUUACAGUUCCUUAAUAUAAUAUCUAAAUUCACUUUAAAUUGUAAGUUUAAGGAGAUUUAUCGUUUUAAUUAUUAUUUUAAAUCCAGUACGUUUGUUGUAAAUAAUGUAAAUAUAAUGUACAAAUUUGUUGUAUUAAAGUAAGUAAUGAGACAAUGUUCUAUUAAAAUUAAGUUAAAAACAAACUGAAAAACAAUAAGAUCUUAUAAUGUACCCAAAAACCAUACAACAUGCAUAAACAAUCUUUUCCUUAGGCCCAUGAUAAGCAUAAAAUAUUUGUUUUUUAAAUUACAUAGAAAAAACUAUGUAAAAAGAUAUAUAUCUAAAAUGCAAAAUAUAUUUGUACAAAGUAAUUUCCGUUUGUUAUUUUCGAGCUGAUUGUCAACAAACAAAAUAUUCACUUUCUUAACAGUCAGUUUACAAUUUUGUUUAAUAUUUAACAAAGAUUAAAUAAAAAAGGUGUCCUAAAAACAAUAAUUUAAUAUUAAAACUAUUCGCUAUAAAUUAUUGUCACAAUACUUUGGACACUCAUUUUACUAAAGCUAAUGACUGCCAUAUUUGUAAGAAGAAAAAAAUUAUAUAAUUUACAUCACAUUUCUAUUCCAUACUUGUAAGUUGCGAUUUAUUACAAAGAACGAAAAAUAAUAUAUUCUUUUAUAUGUUUAAAUUUAUAGUGUUUCGAAGCAAUGAAUCAUAGCAGUUGUGCAUUGAUAUUACAAUUGUAUCUUUAUUUUCUACUCUUUUCCUUUUUCGCAUUACCGAAAAUUCAUAAUUGUGUAAAUUUCUUGAUAAGCCUUUUGGAUCAUAUUAGAUAAUAAAUAUUUUUUUUUUUUUUUUAACGCUUUGCUGGCUUUCAUUAAGAUGAGCUUUAAUAAACUUUUUAAGAAGCAAACAUUUAGUACUCAUAGACAGUAUUGGAUCAUCUAGUACCAAAAAAUAUUCUAAAAUUAAGUAUAAUUUUUUUAAACAGCUUUAAUCACAUUAUUAUUUUGUGCCUUUCACUAAAACUUGUGAUUGAAAAAACUUUGUAAAAGUACGAAACAUAUUGAUAUUCAAAUUUACAAUAAAGUUUUUGUAUUAAAAAAACUAAAUAAAUCGUAAAAUUUGUAAAUAAAAAUUAUUUUGUUAGGCUAGUAAGUAAAUUAAUCGAAUUUCUUCAAUAUUGUAUACCAUUUUGUUAACUUUGCAAAGAUAAUCUAUUUAAAUACAAAUUAUUUUAGUCGUUCUUAAAACAAUUUUUUUUUAAAGAUUCUACAGUUAUAAUUUUACGCUCAUACCUUUGUAAAACUAUGACAAUCUUUUCAAUUAGUGUAACUGUUAUGAAAAUAAUUAUUAACCAAAUCUACCCCUUGAAUCAUGAUCUAAUUUUCUUUUUCUGUUUCAUAAUUGGCAUUAUUAUUUUUAUUUUACAGCAAGUUAAAAAUGUAUGUUAAAUAUUCCAAACUUGCCACAAAGAUCUAUACACAUAUCACUUUUUCUGGACCACAAUUGACAUACUUAUUUUUUAUUUUUUUUAUUAUUUUUUUUUUCUUGGGAAAAUAAUAUACAUGACAAUGACUUUUUCUGCCCAGUUGUAUUUUUGUUUUGUUUUGUAAAUAGUUCGAAACAUCAAUUAAGUGUAAAAAAAUAUUGUAUGACUAGUUAUAAUAGAAUGUAUAGGUUUUAUAUAAAAUUGAUUCGAGUACAUGACAUUUAUAUAAAAUCGAUAAUAUGAAAAGGUUUAUUUAUUUAUUUUUUGUUUGUUCUUUGCCAGUAUUUUAGAUUAAUUGAAGUAAUUUAUCCUUAAUAAUAAAAGUUUUAAUAUUGUUUGUAUCAUACCCAAUCGAAUUUGUUAAAUGUAGUCUCCAGCCCCUUUUAAUGUUCUCCAUUGUUUUUGCCCCCUCCCCCAUUUGAUCUCAUUGAAAUAUAUAAUUUUGUAAUUAUCUAUUUGUUAAUUAUUAGUUAUUUAUAAUUAUUUGCUAGAUAUGAUUGUUUCAGAGCUCAAUUCUAGAUUAUUGGAAGGGUAUUUGCAAACAGUAUUGCUUGAAUGAAAAAACAAAAAACAGUAAUCAGGUUAAUUAAAUUAAAUCAUAAUGUAUAAAAA